AUGUCUGAUCCAGUCUCCAUAAAAAUGAUUAUCCCAAUGGACAUCCUUAAGAAUCAAAGACUGGAAAACGUGACCAACCAGUCAGCAGGGAUGGAAUUCUUCCUCAUGGUAUUCUCUGACACCAGAGAGCUCCAGGUUUUACAUGGCUUUCUGUUUUUGCUUAUUUACCUGGUGACUCUUAUGGGAAAUCUCAUUAUUGUCCUGAUCACUCUGAAUUAUUGUCUUCACACCCCCAUGUACUUCUUCCUGAAGAAUUUAUCACUUUUUGAUGCCUGCCUCAUUUCCAUCACACUUCCAAUUAUCCUGAACUCUUUAUCCCACAGUGACACCAUUUCUUUCUUGGGAUGCGUAUUACAGGUAUUGUUAGUCAUUCACUUUUCUGGGUCUGAGCUUUUCCUUCUAACUGCCAUGUCCUAUGACGGCUAUGUGGCCAUCUGUCACCCACUGCACUAUGAUGUCAGCAUGAACAGGAGAGUCUGUGUGAGGAUGACAGCUGCCUCCUGGUCUCUUGGGAGUAUCUUUGGGGUCUUAUAUUCAGCUGGUACUUUCUCUUUAUCUUUCUGUGGCUCCAGAAAAUUUCCUCAGUUUUUCUAUGAUGUCCCCUCCCUACUGAAGAUCUCUUGAUCAAAGUCUUAUGUCAUCAUUGAUAUUAGUGAGGCAAUUGGGGUUAUGUAUGCACUUUUCUGUUUAGUGUCCAUUGGCUUUUCAUAUAUGUACAUUUUCAGUACAGUGCUGAGAAUGCCAUCAUUCCAAGGGUGGUCAAAAGCCUUUUCCACUUGCACACCACAUGUCAUAGUUGUAACAACAUUUACUGUGACAGACACCAUUGCCUAUCUGAAGCCAGUCCCUGAUUCUCCACAUCUUGUGGAUUUUUUGGUGUCUGUGUUCUAUUCUGUGUUGCCUCCAUCUUUGAACCCCAUAAUAUACAGCCUAAGGAACAAGGAAAUCAAAGCAGCUGUGAAGAGGUUUCUAUGGAAACUAAGUCAUUAUACAUUCUAUGGGGAAAAACAAUAA